AUGUCCUCCAUCACCAGGUUCAACGAGAGCCUUGUGAGCCACCAAACCUUUGUCCUGAUUGGCAUCCCUGGGAUGCAGGAGAAGAACUCUUGGGUGGCCUUCCCACUCUUUGUGCUCUACGCCCUGACUCUGCUUGGGAACAUCACAAUCCUCUAUGUCAUCAAGAUUGACCAAAGUCUCCAUGAGCCCAUGUACUUCUUCCUUUGCAUGCUCGCCUGCUCGGAUCUGGGCCUCUGCAUCUCCACCAUGCCAACAAUGCUGGGGGUCUAUUGGUUUGACUCGAGAGAAAUCCCACUCAAUGCCUGCAUCAGCCAGAUGUUCUUCAUCCAUACCUUUCAGUGGAUAGAGUCUGGCAUUCUUGUGGCAAUGGCAUUGGAUCGCUCGAUUGCCAUUCGUCAUCCACUGAGAUAUAGGUCACUUCUGCCAAAUUCAGCAAUUGUGAAAAUAGGCAUUGUUGUCUUCUCCAGAGGACUUUGUGUUAUUUUCCCAAUCCCUUUUCUUAUUAAACGGCUCCCUUUCUGCCAAUCCAAUGUCCUUUCUCACUCCUACUGUCUCCACCAAGAUGCCAUGAAGUUAGCCUGUGCAGACACAAGAGUCAACGUCUUAUAUGGUUUGACAGUAGUUAUUUCCUCUUUAGGGUUGGAUGUUGUGAGCAUUCUUGUAUCCUACAUCCUGAUUCUGAGGACUGUUUUGAGCAUUGCAACCCGAAAAGCGUGUCUGAAGGCUCUCAACACCUGUGUGGCCCACAUUUCUGCCAUCUUGAUCUUCUACAUCCCGAUGAUUGGCACCAGUAUGGCGCAUCGAUUUGGGAGAACCUUUCCCCCAUUGUCCACAUGCUGA